AUGUCGAUCACCAUCACAGACUACGAAUUGGACUGCAACACCCACGACCUCUACAGAGCUCCACAAGCUCAUUGUAGGGCUCGAUCUAGAGUGGCGUCCUUCCUUCACCAAAGGUUUACCUUUGUGGGCGUAGGAAUUCGGGAAGAUGUUCGAAAGCUUAUGGAUGAUUAUGGGCUUGUGGUGGCAAAUUUUGUCGAUCUUAGGGUUUUGGAGGCUAGGAGGUAUGGGUGGAGUGUGCCCCGGAAUUUGAGUCUAAAGGACAUGGCAGAGGAGGUUCUAGGGCAGGAGUUUCAGAAGCCAAAGACUAUUACUACGAGUCACUGGGAUAAGCCAUGCCUUUCUCUUGCGCAAGUCAAGUAUGCCUGUGUUGAUGCCUUUGUUUCUUUCGAAAUUGGGAGGGUUUUGAGAGCAGCAGAUUAA